CUAUAAUGCUCCAAAUCGAGCAACUGGAGGACCUAAUUACUCAAUAUAGCGGACACCCCUGCCAGACAAGCUGUAUUUUUGCCUUCAUCAAAGUGCGUCAACAGCUUCUCGCUUAGGACGUGUAUAGUCGAGCACGUGCUUUAUCCGGAAAAGAAUCAUCUGCCUUGGUCAUCACCUCUGCUUUGAGAACGGGACAAUAUGAAACCGAAACAGUCGGCUUCAAGCAACAUGUCGUGUCACAGAUAGAUGACAAAAGCGUCUGUAAUCUCAAAACUGUCAAAGCACCCCCGGUCGCAAGGCUUCCAGGGAUAUAUACUGCAUACAAGUAUGUACUGUGAUGCUAUUUGGAAAAGGCACAGAGUGCCCAACGUAACGCCCAGAUAUUGCGGGUUUUCAAGCCAGGUAUUGCAUCUAUUAACCAUGGCCAACCAUAGGCUCUCUUGCUACAACAGCCAGGUUUCUCGCCCUUCUCGAGAAGAACAAAUGUCUUGUGCUACAGUACUACAGAGAACAUAUACGUGUAAAGUAAUGCUAGCAGCGGCGGGGGGUCUUGGAUGUGACGCUGUGUCUGCUAGGGUUGCUCGUGAACCCAACACAAAGGUCAGCUACCUAGGAUAACCAUCGGCAGCAGCUCAGUUCAGCAGGUGAAAUAUAUAAGCUGGGCAAGCUUAGUCC